CCAAGGGUGUCACCCCUGGACGAACUCACGGCCUGCCCAUUCGCCCCUGCGCGGUGGCACUGGCCGCUCGUUCUCCAGCACAGAGAGCAGCUUGCGGAUGCAGAGGGCAACUUUCUGCGAGCCCAGUCUCCCGGCUUCCCGCGCACUAGCCGGCUACUGCGAAGCCUGCAGGCCUGGCGCCCAAAUUCCAGAAAGAAAUUGGGAAUUGAAGAUUUGAAAAGAAACUGUUGUUUUAAAAUAUUCUGAUUUACUUCAAAGAGUGAUGCCAGAAACUUAAAAAGGGGCUGCACCGAGAAGGGGGGUCCUGGAGGGAUGGCCCUGAAUCCUGCUUGCCCUUGUGUGGGAAAGACACAUACAGCCGAAAAUGAAUUUGGGAAAAGUAGCCACUUGCCACUUUAACUAUGGAAAAGCAGGGUCACAGUGAGAUGGAAACAAUCCCAUCAGAUUCUCCCUCCUACAUUAAAUUGCUGAAAACCCACCGGGAACUUCUUGUCACACACAUCCGUAACACUCAGUGUCUGGUGGACAAUUUGCUGAAGAAUGACUACUUCUCAGCUGAAGAUUCGGAGAUCGUGUGUGCCUGUCCUACCCAGCCCAACAAGGUCCGCAAAAUUCUGGACCUGGUGCAGAGCAAGGGCGAGGAAGUGUCCGAAUUUUUCCUCUAUGUGCUCCAGCAACUCACAGACGCUUAUGUGGACCUCAGGCCUUGGCUAUCGCAGAUCAGCUUCUCCCCUUCCCAGCUUAUUCAGAGCAAAAUUGUGCUCAACACCGACCCAGUGAGCAGGUACACCCAGCAGCUGCGACACCAUCUGGGUCGGGACUCCAAGUUCACGUUGUGCUAUGGCCAGAAGGAGGAGGUGCUGCUGGAGGAGAUGUACAUGGACACGGUCAUGGAGCUGGUCGAUUUCAACAACGAGAGGCUCGGCAGCCUGGACAGCCUGGCCUGCCUCCUGGACCACGCCACAGGCGUCCUCGACGCACAGGGCGAGACGGUGUUCGUGUGCGGCGAUGCUGGGGUGGGCAAGUCCAUGGUGCUGCAGCGGCUGCAGAACCUCUGGGCCACUAGCCAGCUGGACACUGGGGUCAAAUUCUUCUUCCACUUCCGCUGCCGCAUGUUCAGCUGCUUCAAGGAAAGUGACACGCUGUGUCUUCAGGACCUGCUGUUCAAGCACUAUUGCUACCCGGAGCAGGACCCCGACGAGGUGUUCUCCUUCCUGCUGCGCUUUCCCCAUGUGGCCCUCUUCACCUUCGACGGCCUGGACGAGCUGCACUCGGACUUGGACCUGAGCCGCGUGCCGGACAGCUCCUGCCCCUGGGAGCCCGCCCACCCGCUAGUCCUGCUGGCCAACCUGCUCAGCGGGAAGCUGCUCAAGGGGGCCAGCAAGGUGCUCACGGCCCGCACCGGUGUCGAGGUCCCGCGCCAGCUCCUGCGGAAGAAGGUGCUCCUCCGGGGCUUCUCCCCCAGCCACCUGCGCUCCUACGCCAGGAGGAUGUUCCCGGAGCGGGCCAUGCAGGACCUCCUGAUGACCCAGCUGGAGGCCAACCCCAACCUCUGCAGCCUAUGUGCCGUGCCCCUCUUCUGCUGGAUCAUCUUCCAGUGCUUCCGGCACUUCCACACCGCCUUCGAAGGCUCGGCGCAGCUACCCGACUGCACAGUGACCCUCACCGACAUCUUCCUGCUGGUCACCGAGGUCCACCUGAAUAGGACGCAGCCCAGCAGCCUGCUGCAGCGGAACACGCGCAGCCAGGUGGAGACCUUCCGCGCCGGCCGGGACACCCUGCGCGCUCUGGGCCAGGUGGCCCACUGGGGCAUGGAGAAGGGCCUGUUUGUCUUCAGCCAGGAGGAGGCGCAGACUUCCCAACUACGGGAGGAAGACCUGCAGCUGGGCUUCCUGCGGGCCUUGCCUGAGCCGGGUCCCGGGGGGCACCAGCAGUCUUUUGAGUUUUUCCACCUCACCCUCCAGGCCUUCUUCACAGCCUUCUUUCUGGUGGUGGAUGACAAAGUGGGCACUCGGCAGCUGCUUCACUUCUUCCAGGAGUGGGCCCCGCCUGGGGAACCGGUGGCCACGUCCUGCUAUCCCCCCCUCUUCCCUUUCCAGUGCCUGGGGGGUGGCGGCCUGGCGGGGGGAGACCCUUUUAAGAAUAAGGAUCACUUUCAGUUCACCAACCUCUUCUUGUGCGGGCUGUUGUCCAAAGCCAAGCAGAAGCUCCUGAGGCACCUGGUGCCUGUGGCGGCCCUGCGGAGAAAGCGCAAGGCCCUGUGGGCACACCUAUUUUCCAGGCUGCGGUCCUACCUGAAGAGCCUGCCGCGAGUCCAGACCGAGGUCUUCAACCAAGUGCAGGCCAUGCCCACCUUCAUCUGGAUGCUGCGCUGCAUCUACGAGACGCAGAGCCAGAAGGUGGGGCAGCUGGCGGCCAAGGGCAUCUGCGCUAACUACCUCAAGCUGACCUACUGCAACGCCUGCUCAGCCGACUGCAGUGCCCUGUCCUUUGUUCUGCACCAUAUCCGCAGUCAGCUUGCCCUUGACCUGGACAACAACAACCUCAAUGACUAUGGUGUGCAGCAACUGCAGCCCUGCUUCAGCCGCCUCACCGUCAUCAGACUCAGCGUAAAUCAGAUCACUGACAGUGGGGUGAAGGUGCUAUACGAGGAGCUGACCAAAUACAGAAUUGUGACAUAUUUGGGUUUAUACAACAACCAGAUCACUGAUGUCGGAGCCAGGUACGUCUCCAAAAUCCUGGAUGAAUGUAAAGGCCUCAUGUACCUGAAACUGGGAAAAAACAAAAUAACGAGUGAAGGAGGGAAGUGUCUCGCCCUGGCUGUGAAGAACAGCAAAUCAAUCUUUGAUAUAGGGAUGUGGGGCAAUCAAAUCGGGGAUGAAGGAGCAAAAGCCUUCGCAGAGGCCCUGAGGAACCACCCCAGCCUGACCAACCUGAGUCUUGCAUUCAAUGGCAUCUCCACAGAAGGAGGAAAGAGCCUCGCAAGGGCACUACAGCAGAACACGUGUCUGAGAAUAUUCUGGCUGACCAAAAAUGAACUCAACGAUGAAGUGGCAGAGAGUAUGGCAGAAAUGUUGAAAGUCAACCAGACGUUAAAGCAUUUAUGGCUUAUCCAGAAUCAGAUCACAGCCCGGGGGCUUGCCCGCCUGGCAGAUGCAUUGCAGAAUAACACUGGCAUCAUGGAGAUUUGCUUACAUGGAAACCCGAUAAAGCCAGAGGAGGCCAAAGUCUUUGAAGAUGAGAAUCGGCUGAUCUGUUUCUGAGAGGACACUUCUCUGUGCAUGGGGGCUUCACUCUGGGAGGGCUUCACCCUGGGAGGGCUUCAGCGCAAGUAUGUGCACCUUUUUCCUGCCAGAUGCCUUCCGGGGGGCCUGCCGAGGGGGCUGCCAACCGCCUGUCCACACACUCCGACUGCCACCUCCCUAAAUAGCUGUCUCGUUUUGCAGAAAAGAAGAGGGAGCUAUUGUGGUGUCUGUAAAUAUGCUUAAGAAGAGACUUCAUCGCAUACCCAAAAUUAUUUUUAUCUAAAGUGAGAGGAAAAGGCUUUGGGAAGGACAGAGGUGGCCAGCCUCAGCUCAUGCAGACACCUACCGUAAGGACUGCAGCAGCUCCACUGCUGAUUUCAUUGAAGAGUUAAAGACCUGGUGGAAGUUGGUGCCAAGAUUUUUGGAAAAAAGGUGCUUGACAGAUAAGUGUUACACAUGAUCUGUCCCCUUCCUCCCCAGUGCCCGCCCAUGUAUCGUAUUAUCCCACUUCACAGCUACAGCUGUGAAUGGGAUGGACAGUGUGGUAGCUGGUAUCAAGAAAGGGACUCAUCACAGGCUUUUCAUCUUAGUCUUGGAGUUUGCCUUCUGACAGGGAUCAGAGGUCUCCCUCUUGCUAGCCUAAGAGAAAGAGCAAUCCCUUCACAAUGUCAAGCUUCCACUCAGGGCUCUACAUAGCUAGGCUGACCUCUACUGGAAGGGUGGACACUAUGGGGGCCCUGCCUUAGGAGGGAGAGUCAGUAUCUGCUGACCAAAAUGAACAAGGCUGGCUUGCCUUUGUGGCCCCAGUAUGCAAAUGGAAGCUUUUCUCAUCUCUUUAAGAACAAUUUCUUUUUAUCUCCCUUGUGUCUUGAGAAAGGGAAGUCUCUUCCUGCUCCCCUGAGCAGCUGGAGAAUGACUGAACCAGAGCCAAGACUCAGGGACUUGGCUGGGAACUUGGUAGAGAGAAUAUUGGUCAGAUACCCCUCACCACGGUGGGGGAAUGAUGGAGCUUGGUGGGUGAUGGUGGGGGCGUAUGACAUCACUAGGUAACCUGUCCUUGUGCCAACUCAUUUGUUAAUAAAAUACUAAAAAGGCUUGCUACUUCUA